AUGCCAGUUGAUGCAGAGGACAAAGCUAAAACAAGUCCAAAACUAACACUAUUGCCUCUUAUUGCUUUGAUAUUCUAUGAUGUAUGUGGGGGUCCGUUUGGUGUUGAGGAUUCAGUGAGGGCUGGAGGUGGCCCUUUAUUGUCUUUGCUUGGUUUCUUGUUAUUCCCUUUAAUUUGGAGCAUACCGGAAGCUCUAGUCACAGCAGAGCUGGCCACGAGUUUCCCUGAGAAUGGUGGAUAUGUUAUUUGGAUAUCUUCAGCUUUUGGUCCCUUCUGGGGUUUCCAAGAAGGAUUUUGGAAAUGGUUUAGUGGGGUUAUGGAUAAUGCCCUUUACCCUGUGUUGUUUCUUGAUUACUUGAAGCAUUCACUUCCUAUUUUUAACCAAUUAAUAGCUCGAAUUCCAGCUCUUUUAGGCAUUACAGUUUCUUUGACAUAUUUGAAUUAUAGAGGUCUGCAUAUUGUUGGGUUUUCAGCAGUUUCCCUUGCUGUUUUUUCGCUAUGUCCAUUUGUUGUAAUGGCUAUUCUUUCAAUUCCUCGAAUUAGGCCUAAACAAUGGCUAGUUGUAGAUUUUAGGAAAGUAGAUUGGAGGGGAUAUUUUAAUUGCAUGUUUUGGAACCUGAAUUAUUGGGACAAGGCUAGUACUCUAGCAGGGGAGGUUGAAAAUCCCAGCAAGACAUUCCCAAACGCACUUUUUGGUGCUGUGAUUUUGGUGGUUCUUUCAUACUUAAUUCCACUUCUUGCGGGCACGGGGGCAUUGAGCUCGCCCUCUAGCGAAUGGAGUGAUGGGUACUUUGCAGAAGUUGGGAUGUUGAUUGGAGGGGUUUGGCUUAAAUGGUGGAUCCAAGCAGCUGCUGCUAUGUCUAACUUGGGAUUGUUUGCAGCAGAAAUGAGUGGUGAUGCUUUUCAACUUCUUGGUAUGAGCGAGAUGGGGAUGCUUCCAUCUAUAUUUGCUUCAAGGUCCAAAUAUGGAACGCCCACCAUUAGCAUUUUGUGCUCUGCAACUGGAGUAAUCUUCCUGUCUUGGAUGAGUUUUCAGGAAAUCCUGGAAUUUCUGAACUUCUUAUAUGCUAUAGGAAUGCUCCUUGAGUUUGCGGCUUUCAUAAAAUUGAGGAUGAUGAAGCCAGAGCUCCAUAGGCCUUAUAAAGUUCCGUUGCAAACAUUUGGUGCAGCACUGCUUUGCCUUCCUCCUGCAAUGUUACUUGUUCUCGUUAUGUGCCUGGCUUCUUUGCAGACAUUCUUAGUUAGCGGUGUGGUUAUUCUCUUGGGGUUCCUCCUAUACCCGACUUUACUUCAUGCCAAGGACAGGAAAUGGGUCAAAUUUGGUACAGAAGAACCAGGAUUGCCUUCCAAUGCAUCACUGGAAGAGAACUCGAUUCUGCUACAUCCGCAUCAGGAAGUAGCAGAUGAGGCUUCAGUCAGCCUUCUUUCAGAUUUAUCAUCAACAAAACAGGGGCAACAAAGCUGUGAAGCUUUGGUGGAAGGAGUUCUGAAAUCCGAAUGA